CAACCUGGGUCUGAUUCCUCUGCAUUUUGGAAAGUGAUUGUACGGGUGGUCUGUACCAAGAUUGACAAAAGUAGUGGCAUUGUGGAAGCAUCACGAAUCAUGAAUUUGUAUCAGUUUAUUCAGCUGUAUAAAGACAUCACAAGUCAAGCAGCAGGAAUAUUGGCACAGAGCUCUACCUCUGAAGAAACUGAUGAAAACUCAUCCUCUGUAACAUCUUGUCAAGCUAGUCUUUGGAUGGGAAGGGUGAAGCAGCUGACCAAUGAGGAAGAGUGUUGUAUCUGUAUGGAUGGGCGAGCUGACCUCAUCCUGCCUUGUGCUCACAGCUUUUGUCAGAAGUGCAUUGAUAAAUGGAGUGAUCAACACAGGAAUUGCCCUAUUUGUCGCCUACAGAUGACUGGAGCAAAUGAAUCUUGGGUGGUAUCAGAUGCACCCACUGAAGAUGAUAUGGCUAACUAUAUUCUUAACAUGGCUGAUGAUGCAGGCCAGCCCCAUAGGCCAUGACCUUGGGGUGAAGGUUUUCUGUGGCUAUUAGGGGCUACAAAUACUUUGGUCAUAGGGGAAGAAUGAAGGAGUAUUAUGGCACAGACACAGAAAAAUCAAUUUUCCACAUCCUCUUAUUUUUGCUUUUCUGACAACUUACCCAUUUUGAAAAUAAAAUUUCCAUGUCUUCCGUUUAUGAUAUACUAAAAUUUGCUACUGUUUUAGAUCACGUUUUCCUAUUACUUAUCUGUUCUAAUGUGUAUUAGAACUAAUUGCUCUUGAAUCCUUUGCUAAGGUAAUGGCAACAUUUCCAGAGACUUGUGAAACACUAUUGUUUUGCAGGGCAGGAGAAUUCUGGAAUUUUUUUAGUUAGGUUUAAAAUAAACCUUGAAUGUUAAAAAGUUAUAGCCAUCUGAGAGAGAAAAUUUUAAGUGACUAAAAAUGUAGAAUACAUCAAAGUGCAUGUUACUACUUAAAACUAGUCUUUCUACUGGAACCUAAGGAGUAUGUAUGCCCCCUUGUGAUUAAUUAUUGCUCCUUUAAUAAUUUGUACUUGAAGUGAUCCAUAAUUAUUUCAUCACUUUAGCAAAGUGUUUUACA